AUGGGAGAUCCUUCGACCCCGAUGGUAGGGAGCAUCUCUCUGCGAACAAAUUCUAUCCGCCAUGGCAAGAAGCAUUCAUACACUGCAUCUGUUUUAUCCUCCUGUCGUCAGCUACGUGGGUUGACAGAUGAGGGCAAGGGGGUGGUUCUCGAUGGACAAUCUUUGGAUCUUAGCUCUGUUUUUGCCGUUGCUCACAAUGGACUUUCUGCGUCGAUCACGGACAACAAGGAUGUAUUGAGUCGAAUGCACCACAGUGUAAAUCUGCUUAGUCAAAAAUUGGCGAAGGGUGAAGUCAUCUACGGUGUCAACACAGGAUUCGGAGGAAGCGCAGAUACACGAACCCAGGACUAUGCGACACUACAAAAGGCGUUGAUUCAGCAUCACAAUGCAGCCGUACUACUCCCAAGCGAUCGCGGCCUUGGAAGUUCUGUAUCUAGCUUACAGCACUUGAGAAGUCAUUGCAUGCCAGCUCCGAUAGUUCGAGCAGCCAUGCUCACGCGUUGUAAUUCGCUCCUACGAGGCCAUUCAGCCGUUCGAGUCCAGGUUGUCGAGCAUAUCCUCACUUUACUUGCUCAUGGGCUGACCCCGGUGGUACCACUGCGCGGCAGCAUAUCGGCCUCCGGAGACCUCACUCCGCUUGCCUACAUCGCAGGUGCUUUGGAGGGCAAUCCAGAUAUCUCAAUGCAUAAUGCUACUGACGAUCAGGUUAUACCUGCCGAUGAAGCAUUGAAAGAGGCAGGACUCGUGCCAUUGGACUUCGGUCCCAAGGAGGGCCUUGGUCUCUUGAACGGCACUGCUUUUAGCUGUGGAGCAGCUAGUCUAGUCCUCUUCGAAGCGAAUCAGCUUGUUCUACUUUCCCAGGUACUCACAGCCAUGGGUACCGAAGCUUUACUUGGCACCAGAUACAACUACCAUCCAUUCAUAGCAGACGCGCGACCACAUGAUGGCCAACGGGAAGCGGCAGCCAAUAUCUUCAACAUGCUGGCCGAUUCUAAGUUGGCGAGGAGCCCCACUGAAGGAAGUGAGACCGCCAACCAUGGCGGACUGGCACAGGAUCGGUACGCCCUGCGAACAUCAACCCAAUGGAUCGGACCCCAGAUUGAGAAUAUGGCAUUAUCCUUGAGGCAGGUUGUUUGUGAACUCAAUUCCACAACGGACAACCCGCUUCUGGAUCCAGAUAUGGCCCAGAUCCAUCACGGAGGCAACUUCCAGGCAGCAUCGGUCACGUCCGCCAUGGAAAAGACCAUGGGUGCGAUGCAGAUGUUGGGCAAGAUGAUCUUCUCCCAGUGCUCCGAAAUUAUCAAUCCAACUUUGAGCCGGGGUCUUCCUCCCAACCUCAGUGUCGAUGACCCCAGUUCAUCCUUUGCGUUCAAGGGCGUGGACAUCAAUAUGGCGUCGUACAUGUCUGAGCUAGCCUAUCUGAAUCAUCCCGUCAGUAACCAUGUUCAAUCAGCGGAGAUGCACAAUCAGGGUCUCAACUCCUUAGCCUUCAUUGCUUGUCGCUAUGCUGCGGAUACGGUGGAAGUUCUGUCGCUAAUGGCCGCCACAUAUUUGUAUGUGCUUUGCCAGGCACUAGAUCUGCGGUCGCUUCACUUGGAGUUUGUGAAAGACGCACGACUCCAAGUGGACGACAUCACAGCUGAGCUUUACUCGUCAGCGUUUGGUGCUCGCUUACUGGCAGUGCAAAACAAACUUUGGGAAGAAUUAAUGCACCACUGGGUACGGGCGAGCACAAGUGAUCUCACGGAGCGAGGCCACUUAGCCGCGAGCUACUCCGUUGGAGUCCUCCUGAGCUCCUUGGCAGCAGACGGUAAUUCUGCAAAUUCUUCGAUGGCCGACGUCCAAACAGCCCAGCAUUGGCAGACUCGAGUAUGCGAUGUAUUAAACCAGAGCUAUGCGACAACGCGUGAGACCUUUCUCACAAAUCAUACAACGAAGUCAUAUCUUUGCAGUGCGUCACGAAGUUUCUACGUCUUUGUCCGGGAAGAACUUGCCGUGCCAAUGCACCGAGGAAUCGCCGACCAUCCUACUUAUGAUUCGGCGGAGCGUCGCAAAAAGGAGUGUAUUGGUACGCAAAUUAGCAAAGUGUAUACCGCUCUUCGAAAGAGUGAAUUCCAAGAUGUUCUGCUCAGUUGCUGGUAA